AUGUAAGUAUUAAUUCAUGCUUUAUCUCAUUAUCCUGACCCUUUAAAGAGAUCUAAUGAAAUUAAAUCUUCAAUUGCUGAGGCUUUGGAGUAAAUAAAGUUUUUUGCUGAAUUCCUAAGGGGUGAAAAAAUAAAACAAAAUGCUCGCCAUUUACUUUUAGAAUUUUCUAAUUAUUUAUCCUUGGAAACUUUCAAAAGUGGGGAAAUAAUUUGUCGAGAGGGUGAUAAAGGAGACAAGUAUAUUAUUUUGUUAAUAUUUAGAUUUUAUAUUAUACUUCAAGGCAAUGUUAGUGUUUACAGAAAAAAUGUUAAUUCAAGUUAUGAACCGAAUUCUGUAUUGUCAGAAUAAAUCUUUAUGGACUAAAAUGUAAAGAUUGGUCACCUAAAAGAAGGUGAAACUUUUGGUGAAUUGGCUCUCUCAUUAAAUAAGCCUCGUUUUGCUACUAUUAAAGCACAAUCAACAGUUAUUCUUUGUAGUCUCAGCAAGGAUAAUUAUGCUAAAAUGACUAAUGUAAUUUAUUUACUUCAAAAAUAGUACAUGUAAAGAGAAUUGAAUUUGAAGACAAAUGCUUUGGCUACUUUAUUUCCUAAAUUAUCCCAAAAUUCUUUGAUUCGUCUUGCUUAUCUUUUGUAAAUUCAAAUCUUCCCUAAAAACCAUUGCAUUUAUAAAUAGGGAGAAAUUGCUUCUGGGUUCUACAUUCUUUCAGAUGGAGAAGUCAAAUUAGAAUAAAUUUCCAAAAAUUCUACUUAAAUAUAUAUACCAAUAAUGGUUUUAACUCCAGGUAGUCUUUUUGGCGUAUAAAAUGUCUUAAAGAAUUAACCAUAUGAUAACCAAGCCAUCUGCCUAACUUAAAAGGUUACUGUGUACAAAUUUACAUGUGAAUCUUUUGAAUAACUUGGAGACGAUUAUAGUAAGAAAGCUUUACAGGCAGCUGAAAGGACUUGCAGAAGAGAGCCGAAAAUAUAAAGUUUAUAAUUGGUUUACUAGCCUGAAAUGAGUAAUUAUAUUUUAUGAUUUUUUGAAAUUAGCAUUAGAGCACUUGAUGAAUAGGAUAAAUAAAAUCCAAAAAAAUAACGAAUUAUAAAAUCUAGUGGAAAACAAUAGGAGAAUUGUAGAAAGUUAAGAUCAAACAUUAUCUAAAAUUAGAUUACUUUUAGAAAUCCCUUUUUUACUGAUUUAGAUGCUGAAAAUUUCAAAUAGAUAAAAAAGAUAUCAAUUGAACAGAUCAAACAAGCUGAUGUUAAGAAGUAUUACAUUUAUAAUACUUAACACUUAGAUACAAUUAACAAUUUGCAAUUUAAAACUACUUUGAACCUAUUGAAUUAGCUCCAAUCUUAGAUUCAAUAAAAAGAUAGAAGAAUGCAAAAUGCUUAAGUUUUGCUUCAAUAAGAGAAAACACAGCAAAUUAAACUUCUAUGUACUCAUAUCCAGCAAGUGGAUACAACACUGCAAGAGUAUUAACAUUACCCUCCCCCAGUCAUACUAGACAUACAUCUCACUCAAAAAAAAGUAGAUUUUGA